AGAUUCUUCCUCAAGUUCUUCCUCAAGUGCAAUCAGAACUGUUUGAAAAAUGCAGGAAACCCCCGAGACAUGAGGCGGUUCCAGGUGGUGGUCUCCACUACGGUGAACGUGGAUGGCCAUGUCCUGGCGGUGUCAGACAACAUGUUCGUCCACAACAACUCCAAACAUGGCCGCCGCGCCCGGCGCCUGGACCCCUCUGAAGCCACGCCCUGCAUCAAAGCCAUCAGCCCGAGCGAGGGCUGGACGACCGGAGGAGCCACCGUCAUCCUCAUCGGGGACAACUUCUUCGACGGCCUGCAGGUCGUCUUCGGCACCAUGCUGGUCUGGAGCGAGCUGAUCACCCCCCACGCCAUCCGGGUCCAGACCCCCCCUCGUCACAUCCCAGGGGUCGUGGAGGUCACGCUGUCCUACAAGUCCAAACAGUUCUGCAAAGGAGCUCCAGGACGAUUCGUCUACACCGCCUUGAACGAGCCCACCAUUGACUAUGGCUUCCAGAGGCUACAGAAGGUGAUCCCUCGCCACCCAGGGGACCCCGAGAGGUUACCGAAGGAGGUGCUGUUGAAGCGAGCAGCCGACCUGGUCGAGGCUCUCUAUGGGAUGCCCCACAACAACCAGGAGAUCAUCUUGAAGCGAGCGGCCGACCUCACCGAGGCGCUCUACAGUGUCCCCCGCAGCCACAACCAGCUGCCGUCCCUCACCGGCUCGGCCGCGCACUCGGGGAUGAUGGGAGUCAACUCGUUCAGCAGCCAGCUCGCCGUCAACAUCUCCGAGGCCUCGCAGGCCGACCAGGGUUACUCCCGUAACUCGAACAGCGUGUCUCCUCGCGGCUACGUGCCGACCUCCACGCCACAGCAGUCCAACUACAACACCAUCACGUCCACCAUGAACGGAUACGGAGCCGGGAUGACCAACCUGGGCGUGCCCGGGUCCCCCAGCUUCCUCAACGGCUCCACCAACUCUGCUUACGCAAGCCCUUAUUCAUUCUCUCCUGUCCAUAUGGUUUCUGCAGUCAAACAGAAGAGCGCCUUCGCCCCCGUCGUGCGGCCACAGACCUCCCGCCCCCCACCUGCACCACCACCAAUGGCAGCAACCUCCAGGGUGAGCAUCCCAGCCCCCACCCACCACCCUACCACCCUCCACCCCCCCCCUCACGUCCUCUGCUCGAUGGCCGGUCUCAUCGUGCCGCCCAUGUGA